AUGAGCCUCAGCGAGGAACAGGUGCGGCAGUUCCUCGACGAGAACCCCAGCUUCACGCACUGGUACUUUGGGAAGAGGCUGAGCCCUGAGAACAUGCUCAGUGCCUGCGAAGACGGACUUCCGGCUGACUGCGGCAGCCUCCGCGAGCUGUGCCAGGUGGAGGAGAGCGCCGCCCUGUUCGAGCUGGUGCAGGACAUGCAGGAGAGCGUCAACAUGGAGCAGGUGCUCUUCAAGACCCUGCGGCGCCUGUGCGCCAUCCUGCAGGCCGACCGCUGCAGCCUCUUCCUGUACCGCCAGCGGAACGGGGUGGCCGAGCUAGCCACGCGGCUCUUCAGCGUGCAGCUGGACAGUGUCCUGGAGGACUGCCUGGUGGCCCCUGACUCCGAGAUCGUCUUUCCACUGGACAUCGGGGUUGUGGGCCACGUGGCUCAGACCAAGAAGAUGGUGAACGUCAGGGACGUGACUGAGUGUCCCCACUUCAGCUCGUUUGCCGAUGAGCUCACUGACUACGUGACAAGGAACAUCCUGGCUAUGCCUGCCAUGAACGGCAAAGAUGUCGUGGCUGUGAUCAUGGCAGUGAAUAAGCUUGAUGGCCCGUGCUUCACCAGCGAAGAUGAAGAUGUUUUCUCAAAGUACCUGAAUUUUGCCACAUUAAACCUGAAGAUCUAUCACUUGAGCUACCUCCACAACUGUGAGACUCGCCGAGGCCAGGUGCUGUUGUGGUCGGCCAACAAGGUAUUCGAGGAGCUGACAGAUAUUGAGAGGCAGUUCCACAAGGCCUUCUACACCGUCCGGGCCUACCUGAACUGUGAACGGUAUUCAGUGGGCCUCCUGGACAUGACCAAGGAGAAGGAAUUCUUUGACGUGUGGCCUGUGCUGAUGGGAGAAGCCCAGCCAUACUCAGGCCCACGUACACCCGACGGCCGGGAAAUCAUCUUCUACAAAGUCAUUGACUAUAUCCUCCACGGCAAGGAAGACAUCAAAGUCAUCCCCACACCCCCGGCAGAUCACUGGGCCCUGGUCAGUGGCCUUCCAACCUACGUGGCAGAAAGUGGCUUUAUCUGUAACAUCAUGAAUGUUUCUGCUGAUGAAACGUUCAAAUUUCAGGACGGGCCCCUGGACGACUCUGGGUGGGUCAUCAAGAAUGUGCUCUCCAUGCCCAUCGUCAACAAAAAGGAGGAGAUCGUGGCCGUUGCGACCUUUUACAACAGGAAAGAUGGGAAGCCCUUUGAUGAACAGGAUGAGGUUCUCAUGGAGUCUCUGACGCAGUUCCUGGGCUGGUCGGUGCUGAACACUGACACCUACGACAAGAUGAACAAGCUGGAGAACUGCAAGGACAUUGCCCAGGACAUGGUUCUGUACCACGUGAGAUGUGACAAGGAUGAAAUCCAGUCAGUUCUGCCGACAAGAGAACGCCUAGGGAAGGAGCCUGCUGAGUGUGAGGAGGAGGAGCUGGCUGAAAUCUUGAAGGAAGAGCUGCCAGGGCCCACCAAGUUUGACAUCUAUGAGUUCCACUUCUCUGACCUGGAGUGCACUGAGCUGGAUCUGGUCAAAUGUGGCAUCCAGAUGUACUUCGAGCUGGGUGUGGUCCGCAAGUUCCAGAUCCCGCAGGAGGUCCUGGUGCGUUUCCUGUUCUCUGUCAGCAAAGGAUACCGGAGAGUCACCUACCACAACUGGCGUCAUGGCUUCAAUGUGGCCCAGACGAUGUUCACAUUGCUCAUGACAGGCAAGCUAAAAAGCUACUACACAGAUCUGGAGGCCUUUGCCAUGGUGACAGCCGGCCUGUGCCACGACAUCGACCACCGUGGCACCAACAAUCUGUACCAGAUGAAAUCCCAGAACCCCUUAGCCAAGCUCCACGGCUCCUCAAUUUUGGAGCGACAUCAUCUGGAGUUUGGGAAGUUCCUGCUCUCGGAAGAGUCCCUGAACAUCUACCAGAACCUGAACCGGCGGCAGCACGAGCACGUCACCCACCUCAUGGACAUCGCCAUCAUCGCCACAGACCUGGCCCUCUACUUCAAGAAGAGGGUGAUGUUCCAGAAGAUCGUGGACGAGUCUAAGAACUACACGGACAAGAAAAGCUGGGUGGAGUACCUGUCCUUGGAGACAACGCGGAAAGAGAUAAUCAUGGCCAUGAUGAUGACGGCGUGCGAUCUAUCAGCCAUCACCAAGCCCUGGGAAGUCCAGAGCAAGGUGGCUCUUCUUGUAGCUGCUGAGUUCUGGGAACAAGGUGACUUGGAAAGGACAGUAUUGAAUCAACAACCCAUUCCCAUGAUGGACCGGAACAAGGCGGCCGAGCUCCCCAAGCUGCAAGUUGGCUUCAUUGACUUCGUGUGCACGUUCGUGUAUAAGGAGUUUUCCCGUUUCCACGAAGAGAUCCUGCCCAUGUUCGACAGACUGCAGAACAACAGAAAGGAGUGGAAGGCGCUGGCUGACAAGUACGAGGCCAAAGUGAGGGCCCUGGAGGAGGAGAAAAAGGAGGAGGAGGAGGUGGCGGCCAAGAAAGGUGUGGUUCCCUUGAGUACAGAAAUUUGCAACGGUGGCCCAGCACCCAAGUCUUCUACCUGCUGCAUCCUGUGA